AUGAAUCCGCAGCCCGCGGAGAGAAAUCUGAACAGAAUAACAUUUCAGCCGUCACUUUAUGAUGUCAUCUUAAAGCCAAGCUUAUCAGGAUUGUGCCAAUCAGAAAAGGACGCCUAUAAGUUAGUUCUGGAAUUUAUGGAACCGGGACAGAUGUCCCAGUCAGACAAGCUCAGUUUUCUGAAUGCCGUGGGAAUCCUGAGCAGUCUUGUACGUGACCAGGCAAAUGGCAACAUGAAUAACUACUAUCCUAAAACUCUUCUGGCCAAGAAAAUUGAGACAUUCAUCUUGGAAGAAUCCACCGAGAUCUUGGACAAUAAUGUGCGUCAGCAAGCCAUGCUCAGCAUCGUGGCCCUGAGUCAGGUGAAGCCGCCUUUCCACUUAUGCCAGAAGCUGGAUCUGGUCAACACCAGCAUCACCAGCAUAUUCUCCCUGCCACUCAUCAUGCCCAGCCUAGACCGAAAGGAGAGCGCUAGUCUCUACUUACAGACAAACCAGGCCUUGGAUGAUAUGCUACAAGCUCUUGUGAUGGAAGCUAUGAGCCCCAACAUGCUGAUACUGCAAAACUUCAUGGAGAUCAUCUUACCUUGGUUAAAGCUGUCAGACAAAGUGCAUGUGCAGAUCCGAGCCUUGGGCACUAUUUCCCGACUGCUGAGGUUUAUUUGUCAUUUCUCUGAUGUGUCCCACAUGACAUCAUUCUCCAUCACGGGGAAGCUGAUAGCCACCUUCAGCCUCUUCUGCCUGAAUCCCAGCCAAGACAUCUGCGCAAGUGCAUUAGAAGCCCUGUAUUACGUGUUCACCAUCCUUGGGCUCCAGAGAAGUGUCAGGUCCAGGACAGAGAGCAUCCUGAAAAACUUGCAGAAGCAUUUCCGUGGAAACUGGCUGGCCAACAUGCAGAACCUCACACUGUUCUUCAGGAAAUUCCUGACCCCUGAGGAGAGAGCUGAUGUGGUCUUGGUGGCCAUGGAGGCCAUGACCAGUAACAUCAGGGAGGAUGUCCUUGCCGCCGCUAAGAUGUUAAAGAUGAUCCUGAAGUACCCUCUUCCAGAAGUUGCCAAGGUGCCAGAAAUCAUCCACUUAAUUUACAACGACAUAGACAGAGUCACCGAGAGAGAGGCCCAGAGCACCAUAAAGAUCAUCUUCCAGCUGCUGGUCCAGUCCUACACAGAUGAGGUUAUCCUGACUCUAUUCAAGAUAAAGGACCCGUCACAGAAAGGGACACACAGAUCCUGGGGGAUCCUGGCUUCCUUUCCAAAAGGCUACGAAAUGAUCAUGAGUUAUCUGCUGCAGAAGCUAAUUUCACCCCAGGCACCGAAGGGCCGGGAGACUGGCCACAAAACAGAGAUCUCAAGGCUGAUUGCCACCAGGGCCAUCCAUGAGCUGUUGCUAGUGCCCAGCCAGCAGUCCGAGGUGCAGACUUUCUUCGCCUCCCUGUUCGUGGCCCUACUUUUCCGAAUCUCUUCUCUGGUGAUUGAAGGGAACACUGCUGGCCCAGAUAACCUGCAUGAAACUGAGUAUGUGGAUGUCCUCAGUUCUUCCGUAGAGGCCUUGAAGACCUUAAUGCGCACCUCUGGUUACACAGACCACAUGACUUAUAUUCAGACACAAGGGGUCUGGGAACUGCUUGUCAGCCCUGAAAGACACUAUGAUGGAAUUACUCUGCUGGCCAGAUCCCUGGUGGUAAAGAACUGCUGGCACAAUCGCCCCGUCUUCAGCUUCCUCAUUAGGACCCUCCAGGACCCAGAAUGUGCCAAUUACUUCACAGCCCUGGUGUUCCUGACAGAGCUGUUCCACUGUCCAGAUGUGGCAGAUGUUGUGGAUGAAGUUGCCACCAACAUUAUGGCAAAUUGGUUCAAGUGUGAGGACCUAGCCAUAGCACACCUAUUCCUGCAGAUCACAGAAGUCUUCACAAAGCACAAGAACACGAUAAAGCACCUCCAGAUCCUGCAGCCCUGUGUGCUGAGCUGCUGCUACUCCUCCAACAGUGACCUGGUGAUGGAGGCCUUCCUCAUGCUGCAGCGCAUCCUCAAGGACCUCACCUGGUCUCAGGCCUCCCUUUUCCUCCUUCAGCUGACUUUCACUUUGGCACACUUCUUUGAGGAGGAGUCAGAGCAGCUGCGCCUGAUAACCUUCAAGAUCUACGCAAGUAUCCUGGCUAAGGUCUCAAGGAUGACGCUCAUCUUUCCCUUGAAGCACCAGAUCCUCAACCUGCUGGUCCUCCUUGUGUUGCACCUGAGGGACACAAAUGCCGACGUGGUGGAGGUCUGCAGGCUCAGCCUCUGCAACAUAGCUGCCAUCCUGGGCUGGUCCAAACUCAAAAGGGUCUUCGCCAAGAGUGACGCAUUUACCAUCCUCAGUGCCCUGCUGAAGCAGGAAAGGAGGAGGGCGCUGUGGUUUCUCAAGCAGAGUGUGGCUCUCUUCAAGAGCCUGCAGGCCUCCAUCCGCCAGGUGGCUGUGUGGUUUACAGGUCAGAUCCUCCGCAUCCUUGACAGGGCCGAGAAACAGGAAAGUGAAGCAGAAUAUGCAGCCUUCAGGUACAUGCAGAGAGACUCUGACCCCAUGGUCAGUUGCCUCACCGUGCAGACUUUAUACAUCCUAGAAGCCAUGGAGAAGGCGGUACGGGCUAAGACCCCUUCCUCCUGUCCCUGGAUGAGCAGGUUCCGAAGGAGACACUGCUGAGCCCACAUGCUAGGGUCCAAGACAAAGGCUCACCACCAACACCGUGACCAUAGGCUACCCCCCCUGAGUCCUGCACUGGAUGUGGUGUGUUCCUGUAGAACUCGGCCAAUAAAAAGAGAA